CCGUGGGUAAAACGCUCUCUUUGCGGAGUAGACGUCGAAAACGACAGCAGCUCAUUGAAUCUGCUCUGAUUUUGCAGUUUUCUUGUUGGCUCUGCUGUUUUUGUUUUUUUUCUUUUUUCGGGGGCAGGAGGUCAACCAGUCAAUGCAAGCUUGUGCUCCCUGUUCAACGUUGGUCAGUCAUCAAGACGGGUAAGACAAUAGCAGGUGACCCAUGGAGGAGCGAGCAGAAAGUCUGAUACCGGUGAAGGUGGACGAGAACGCUUCCGGCUUCACCCUGCUGUACUUCCAUGGAGACAUUAACAGCAUGGUGGACGAACACUUCUCAAGAGCUCUCGGCAAAGCCAGCAAGGCCAGCGAGUUGGUUCCAAGGUCAAAGAAAAUCCGCAAAACUGUAAAGCAAGAGAGCACAGACAACUGUCAUGGGAACAUGUCCGGCCCUUACUCCGAGUCCCAGGUGCCCCCGUUAACGGGACACAUCCUGGCCCUGAACCCGGCGGAGGAGAUGCCAGGAUCCUGGAACACGUUCAGGUCAAGAGAAGGUCCAGCGCUGCCCAACCUCAUGUGCACCCUGUCCUCAGACGCACUGAGUCUCUCCGGACAGCAGUACUCCGCGUCCCUGCUCAACCUGCUGCACGGCGACCGGGGCGAGAUGGGAGCCGGCAUCGCCUCCAGCUCCAAGCCGGACCCACUUCCAGGCUGGGCGGUGCCUGCGGGGUACAGGGAGUCUGUGGACCCUCCGAUAGGCUUCGAACCUGGGCGACAUGGGGAUAAAAAGGACUUGUACUGGUACUGAGGAGAAACACGGAGUGCAGGAGGAACAGAGGACAGCUUUAGCCAGCGCAGCGUCGUUCUGUUCGUUUCAGCAGAGCAGCAUUUUGAUUUCCUGACUAUGUUCUCUCUCUAUUGUUUGCCGAGAUGACCUCAGCGCCUGAGCGCGUACUGGGACAGCCUCUGCUGCAGGAAGCUCUCGGUGACAAACCAGUUCCUCAACUUUUGGCAUUCCUUUUUUAAGAAUCAGAGCUGUGUGUCUGUUUUCACACGUUUUGAGGUGAAGCUUGGAUGAAGUGCACUUUCUUUGUGGGUUUUACUUCAGUCAACAGGCCAGUGUGAAGUCUGAAAACUGUGAGCCUCUGAGAUGUGUAGAAACUAAUGUAGCUACAACCUGAUCUACCUUUAGUUCACCUGGUUGGGUUUGUUGGAAGAUACUCAAACAGGAAAGGGAAGCUUUGCUUGGUCCGUAACAAUCUAGGAAAAAUAAUACCUUGUACUUUUAGGUCUUGUAAAAAGAAUAGUUGAAAUAAUCAGAGGCAGCCACCAAUGCUUACGAAUAAAUAAUAGAAGAUUGAUGCCUUUUAGUUAAACAGUGUGUUUCUGACCCCUGUUGGUGGAUUUGUCUUUAUGAAGAAAUGUACAUGAUGCCUAAUAAUCGGUAUCUAGAUGCUCUGAAGUGCUGGAUACCAGGUUAGCAAAUGUUUCUUUGCAGGGAUUUUUUUUAAAUGUAGUUUUUAAUUUCUCUUUAUUUGGAUGAAGGAACUUUGUCUGUUCCU